AUGCUGAGCAGUGGCGACGGCGCAAGUCCUCCUCUUUCAAGCUUGGAGAGCAUGCAACACGUCAACGACGAGAAAGCGUUCAAGGAGCAACGCGGUGCUGCGAAGAGCAACUGCGCGUUCAAGAACGGCGAGGCUGAUGGUAACAGUGCCUCGCGAUCGAACUCGCAGGAGGCGUUGAACGGCCUGGAGAUGAGGGGCCUAGACGAAGACAACGAUAACGAUGCGCGGCUGAAGCUGUACCGGAGAUCUUUGGAUGAUAUCAGAGCCGAGUUGCUUCCAAGAACGUCCUCUCCAUCGUGUGGUCGGAACAGCUUUCUUCCCGAAGGGAUGUUGUUCGGGAUAGACAUCGGAGGAACACUGGCAAAGAUUGUCUUCAGGGAGCCAGGUUCGAACGGACUCCUGGCUCAAGGCCCGAAGUCAGAGCAAGCGCACAGGCUCAGACAGUACUUCCAGACUUCGGAGGGAAGGGUUGGGAGUGAAGACGAGAGGCUGUACUUCUCCGAUUCUCUUGGGUCUCGAUAUGUUGGUGUGUUUGGUGGGAAGAUGCACUUCCUCAAGUUGGAGACUUCGAGCAUCGAUUUCUUGUUCGAGAUCCUCCGCAAGGUCCGUUGA